AUGGGUUCGCCAUCAGCUCGUGAGAAGAGGGAUGAAAAGGUCUACCCUUCAAUGGCGUCGGGAGGGAUACCAGAUCCAACAAACGACUAUCUUACAGCAAGCAAUAUUGUCUCCCAGUCUCUACAACAACCGCAAAAUCUCCUCGUUGUCAUAGACCUGAACGGCACUCUCUUGUUUCGACCCUCGAGGAGGCAACCGGCGAAGUUCAUUGCACGCCCAAACACGUACCCGUUCUUAAAAUACUGCAUAAACACAUUUACAGUUGUUAUCUGGUCAUCUGCCAAGCCGGAGAACGUUAAGAAUAUGUGCGAUGCAAUCUUGACGCCAGAUCUGAAGAAACAAGUUGUGGCUAUUUGGGGACGCGAUAAAUUUGGUCUUUCUAAGGCAGAUUACGUGACGAGGGUUCAAUGUUACAAGCGGCUCACAAAGCUAUGGUCGGACAACAAGGUUGCAAAAUCUCAUCCUCAAUGGGCUGAAGGUGGUCGAUGGGACCAGACCAAUACCGUCCUGAUCGACGACUCGCUGGAAAAGGGUAGGAGUGAGCCAUUCAACCUGGUUGAAGUUCCCGAGUUCUUUGGUGACGAAAAGGAGGUUGGAGAGUUUCUACCACAAGUUCAUGACUUCUUGAAUCAUCUCAGCAUGCAUUCAAAUGUCAGUGCUUGUAUGCGAGCUCGGCCAUUCAAUGCCUUGCUUGCUCCGCCCUAG